AUGCAGAACCCAUCCUGUCUACUCUACGGACCAGGAGAUAUUCGUUUUGAAGAUCACCCGCUCCCCAAAAUUGAAGAUCCUCACGAUGUGAUCAUUCGCAUCGCCUAUGUCGGCGUCUGUACCAGUGACGUCCACUUCUGGCUCGACGGCGGCAUCGAAAAUGGCUGUAUCAACAGAUAUGUUUCAGAAGACGAGCCCCUCAUAGUAGGCCAUGAAGCCUCUGGCAUCGUCCACGCCGUUGGUCGCGAAGUUUCAGAGCUCGAACCAGGUGACCCUGUCGCUAUCGAACCGGGUGUCCCCUGCCGGCUAUGCAGUCGCUGUAAGCUGGGCAAAUAUAAUCUCUGCCCGUCGAUGAAAUUCGCCGCCGACCCGCCCUUUCACGGGUCAUUGACCAAAUAUUACAAAAUACCUGCCCACUGCUGCUAUAAGAUCCCGCUCAGCGUGGGUAUUCCCUUUGGUCUUGACGAGGCCGUACUUAUUGAGCCGCUCGCUGUGGCCGUCCACGCCGUGCGGCAGGUAAGCGUGCAGCCGGGUGAUAAAGUGGUUGUCUUCGGUGCGGGCACCGUGGGCUUAUUGUGUGCAGCUGUUGCGCGGGAGUUCGGCGCGUCGACGGUCAUGUCUGUGGAUGUUAGUCGGGAGAAGCUUGAUUUUGCUCAUUCGUUUGUGCCGAAUGGGCGCUUGUCGUUUUCGACCGCUAUACCAAACCAGGGACUUUCUUCUGAGGAAAAUGCGCGAUGUUUGAGAGGCAUGCAUCGGAGUUCGCAUUUUACUCAGUCAGAUGUACCUGGGUUUGAUGUUGCCAUCGAGGCUACGGGGGUUGAAUCCUGUAUCCAGAUGGCCAUUUAUUCGUUAAGAGUUGGGGGAUCGUUUGUGCAGACAGGACGUGGGAAGAGGAGUGUUGUUUUCCCCAUUUCGACGGUGCUGGAUAAUGAGAUUAAUGUCAAGGGGAGCUUUCGGUAUGCAGCGGGGGACUUUAAGAUGGGACUUGAACUUGCCUUUACGAGGAAGAUUGAGUUGAAGCCUCUUAUUACCAAGAUUGUUGAUUUUGAGAACGUUGUCGAGGCAUGGGAGACGACCGGUCGUGGGGAGGGGAUCAAGACAUUGAUUCGGGGAGUUGGGUAUACCGAUGAUCUGGAGGAAUAUGCGACUGAGAGAAAUGGGAACUUGAGAUAUGGAUCGCAUUAUGCAUGA